AAAAAAAAAAAAAAAAGUGGAGCAUUUAUCUUUUAAAAAAAAUUAAAGGUAUAUAUAAUAAUGAAUCCGGAAAAACUUGCAAAAUUGCAGUCUCAAGUUCGUAUUGGUGGUAAGGGAACACCAAGACGCAAAGUUAAAAAAGUUUAUAAAACCGCUACAAAUGAUGAUAAAAAACUUCAAACUACACUGAAAAAACUUAAUGUUCAAUCUAUUCCGUCAAUUGAAGAAGUUAACAUGUUUAAAGAAGAUGGAAAUGUCAUUCAUUUUACUACUCCAAAAGUUCAAGCAUCUAUUCAUGCAAAUACUUUUGCUAUCUACGGUCAGGGCGAAGAUAAAGAACUUACUGAACUUGUACCGGGUAUUUUGAAUCAAUUAGGACCUGAUUCACUUGCUUCACUUCGUAAAUUAGCCGAAUCCUAUCAACAAUUAAAUUUAGAUUCUCAACGUGUACAAUCCGAAAAUACUGGCGAUGAUGAUGAUAUUCCUGAAUUAGUUGAGAAUUUUGAAGCCGCUAGUGAACAGAAAAAAGAGGACGAAGUACCUGCGGCAGCAUCUGCUAGUGGAAGUGGUACCGGUGGAACUGCUGAUGCCACCACUACUGAAAAAACCGAAGAUAAAAAUGUUGAGGAGGUUGAUUAAAGUCAUGUUAAAAAAAGUUAUAUAUAUAUAUAUAAUAAUGUUAUUUUCAGGAUGUUUUGAACGGUUUUUAUGAUGAAAUAUAAAUAUAAUUAGCAUCAUUAGUGCAUAAAACUAUGUAGAAAUUUAUGUAGAAAGAAAAAAUUGUGGAUUUUUUUUCAUUUAUAUUGUUUUGAAAUGGUUUUUUUUUUAAAUCAAAUUUUAAUGACUAAUAUAUAUAAUAUAAAUAUAUAAAAUAUAUAUUAUGGUUUAAAUAGAGCAUUGUAAAUUGAGGGAAAAACUUACACCUUUAAAUGAAACUCUUAAUAAAACAUAUUUAUUGUACAUAAUGUACAUAAAAAGAUUAAUUAAAUGAAUUAAAUGGUAUAUUAUAAUAGGUCAUUCUUAAAAGUUUCUCUCCCCAUAAAAAUGUUCAAUCAUUUUCCGGACAUUAGGCAAAGCAACAUUAUGAAUUGGAUG